AUGUCGGACAAGACCAUUAUACUGGCAACCUCCAUUGCCGGACUGGGCUUGAUUGGAUUGUCGUCUCUCCCGGCCGCAUUCUCUCUGGGAUCGCAGCUACGGAGUAAAGACUCAAAGUCGGACGUCUAUGAGGACGAGGAUGGGAAAAGCACGCCGGAGGCUGUCGCAGCUUAUAGCGCCAAAGUACCCAAGGCCUUCAUCUUAUUGUUUUCGCUGAUCGGCUUGGGCCUGUCCAUUGCUCUCGGCGUGCUCUCGACCUUGGGUGAAUCAAAUGGAAUCUUCCUCGAGAAUUGGCUGAGCGUAGGGGCCUGGGCACUCCUCACUUUCCAGGCUAUCAGCAUCGCAUCUAACCGAAAGUCUCGGGCCUCCCACGACCUGGGCCUCCAUACAGCGCUUUCGUGUGUUCUCUUAGUGGUUGUUCUCGCCGUUCAAGAUGACACAAUUGCAGAGCACCUAAUCAAGCAUGACCCUGCCAUCUUUGCGAUGCGGGUUGUGGAAAUAGUAACCCUCGUCGCAUUGGCAUUCUCUAGUCUGCAGAUUCCACGACGGCCUGAUGUCUUUCAUGAGGGCAAACUGGUCGAUAGAUAUUACACCGAAUCUGCCUGGAGCCACUUCAACUGGAGUUGGCCAACAAACGUACUCAAGCUUGCCGCCAAGCGCAACAACCUCGACUUGAAAGACCUCCCGAGGCCAGAUCACUACAGCCGAGCAAGGGAGACAACGUUGUACUGGGAGAGCCGCAACUUCCAAGGUCCGCUCUGGGUCUCGAUUAUUCUGGCUCACAAGGCCAAAUUCGCACUGCAAUGGUUUGUCACACUCUUGUCCGCAAUUCUCAACUUUGCGCCACAAUGGUGUGUUCUUCACCUCCUCAAGCUCCUCGAAGAUCGAGCGUAUCGAGACCGCAAAGAGCCCCUGGGUUAUGAUGCCUGGAUGUGGGUAGUGUGGAUUGCUGUGGCCAUCAUUGCCCAGUCCUGGGUCGAAUCAUAUGUAUUUUGGAUGUCGUGGGCUGAGCUAUGCGUCCCUCUCCGAGCGCAGUUGUCAUCUUUGAUAUUCAAGAAAUCCCUCAGGCGCAAGGAUGUGAAGGGAGCAGGCAAGAAGAAAGAGAAGCCCACAGAGUCUACUGACCCCCUCACCGCAGCACCGUCAGGCUCAGUCCCCACCGGUGAUGCUCCCCAGGUUGAGGAAACUGAGGAUGACGAGGAGCAACUCAAGAAGAGCAAGCAAUCCGUCGUCAACUUGAUCGGUGUCGACGCCAAGCGCGUAUCGGAUUUCUGUGGCUUCAACUUCUACUUCCCUGGGAGUCUGUUCAAGCUGAUUGUGUCCUUGGCUUUCUUGCUGGAUCUCCUCGGUUGGAAGGCUCUCGUAGCCGGCUUUUCUACCAUGCUCGCCAUCAUGCCCGUCAACAUAUUUUUUAGUAAAAGGUAUUCGGCGGCGCAAGAUCGCCUGAUGAAGGUCAGGGACGAGAAGAUGGAGGUGGUCUCGGAGGCACUGCAGGGUAUUCGACAAAUCAAGUUUUCCGCCCUUGAACCGCAAUGGGAGAACAAGAUCGGGGGUGUCCGAGAGAAGGAGCUUGGCUGUGUGUGGGACGUCUUUAUCAACGACGUGAUGCUGAUCGGAUGUUGGGUUACAAGCCCUAUCAUGCUUUCAGCCGUAUCUCUGGCUGUCUACGCCCUUGUGCACGAUGAGUUGGCUCCUUCUGUAGCUUUCGUCAGUCUGGGUGUUUUCAGAGCCCUUGAGGUUACACUCUCUGUCAUCCCCGAACUUACCACCGAUUUGCUCGACGCAUGGGUCUCCAUUAAGCGAAUCGAAGAAUACUUGCUCGGAGCCGAGAUUAUCAAGUAUACAAAGGAGUCCGACGAAGUUACCUUCGACGGGGCCACUAUCGCCUGGCCUGCCGACGACAAGGAUGAAGAUCCCGACAAGUUCAUUCUCCGCGAUGUUAACGUUACAUUUCCCAAGGGCGAAUUGUCUGUCAUUUCGGGUAAGACGGGAGCUGGUAAGAGCUUGAUGCUUGCUGCUAUCUUGGGUGAAGUCGACAUCUUGUCUGGGUCGAUCGCUGUUCCGCGGGCGCCUCCGUUGAGCCAAAGACACGACUCCAACGCUAAUAAGGGCAACUGGAUCAUCCCUGGCGCGAUCGCAUUCGUCGCGCAGAUCCCGUGGAUUGAAAAUGCUACGGUAAAGGAUAACAUUCUAUUUGGUCUCCCGUACGACGAAGAACGGUAUCACAAGACCAUUGAAGUCUGCGCUCUGAAGAAGGACAUCGAGAUGUUCACGGAUGGCGAGAGAACUGAAAUUGGAGCAAACGGCAUCAACCUAAGUGGUGGCCAGAAAUGGCGAAUCACACUUGCCCGAGCCAUAUACUCGAGAGCCGGUAUAUUGGUCCUGGACGACAUUUUCAGUGCCGUCGACGCUCACGUCGGCCGCCAUAUCUUCGAAAAGUGCUUGAACGGCGAAUUGUGCACGGGAAGAACUCGGAUCUUGGUCACUCAUCACGUUGCACUUUGUGAACCCAAGACCAAGUACCUGGUGGAACUUGGCAAUGGCACCGUCCUGAAUGCUGGGUUGCUGUCAGAGCUGGAGGAAGCUGGGGCGCUCGAGCAGAUUAAGAGCCAUGAACAAGCUGAGAUGGAUAUCCAGCCUGAUGAAGAUGCGACUGCAGUCAAUUCUGAGCAGACGUCGCAGACCGAAGAUGAACAAGUUGGAGAGCCUUUGACCAAAGUACCCUCGAAAGCUCUGCAGGCGCGGAAGUUUGUUGAGGAGGAGUCUCGCGAACAGGGUGCUAUCAAGAAACACGUCUAUGCUACCUACUUGCAAGCUAGCGGAGGCUGGUUCUUCUGGUCGAGCGUUGUCGCUUUCUAUGUGGUCGUCCAAGGCCUAACCCUGGGUAGGUCCUGGUGGUUAAAGAUAUGGACAGGGACCUACGAGGAAGAGAGGAUGCAGCUUCAUACCCAAAAGCAAGCAUACGCAUACUCGCUCACACUGCAGCAAAUGUCCCCCCACAAGAUUAUGCAACCUCUGGUCCAAACCGAGGAACACGGUCUGGGCUUUUACCUCGGCAUCUACAUUCUCCUAGCAGUCGGUAGUGCUUUGCUUGGAACUCUUCGAUACUACUACAUCUUCAGCGGAUCCAUCAAGGCCUCGAGAACGCUCUUCGCCAAACUGAAUUUUGUCAUUCUGCGCGCCCCUCUACGAUGGCUCGAUACAGUACCGGUAGGCAGAGUCCUGAAUCGGUUCACGGGCGACUUUCACAGUGUUGACACACGCCUCGCCUAUUCGCUUGGCUUCGGUGCCGCCUCCUUCUUGAACCUUAUCGGAGUCAUUGUCGCUGGCUUGUUCGUCUCGCCGACCAUCCUGGCGCUGGCAUUCGUUCUUCUGCUCAUCAGCGUCUACUACGCCACGCGCUACCUCCACGGAGCCCGACCGGCAAAGCGACUGGAGAGCACUGCCAAGUCGCCGGUCUUCGAGCAGUUCGGGUCUGCACUGAGCGGUGUCACCACGAUCCGCGGGUUCGACAAGGCCCAAACCUACGUUGACAGAAUGUACACCAAGCUAGAUGACUGGACGGUCACGACAUGGCACAUGUGGCUUUUCAACAGAUGGAUGGGCUGGCGCAUGUCGGUUGUUGGGUCCUUCUUCGCUAGUUUCGUUGCCAUUCUUGUCCUUCUCGCACCCAACAUGGAUUCCGCACUUGCUGGAUUCGCCUUGACCUUCGCGCUAGAUUUCUCGGGGACUGUGACGUGGACCAUUCGUCACUAUGCUAACAUUGAGUUGGAAAUGAACGCUGCCGAACGUGUGGUGGAGUACAGUGAGCUUCCGACCGAGAACCUGGAGGGAGAAAGCCCUCCCGCGGCCUGGCCAACUGAAGGACGAUUGGAGGUCAAUGACCUAGUUGUUGGAUACGCUGCAGAUCUUCCGCCAGUCCUCAAGGGGUUGAACUUCAGCGUAAAGCGCAAUGAGCGGGUAGGAGUUGUGGGUCGCACCGGAGCCGGCAAGUCUUCCCUGACGCUGGCCCUUUUCCGUUUCCUGGAAGCUCGGUCGGGAUCGAUCUUUGUCGAUGGUUUCGACAUCUCCAAGAUCAAACUGCACGACCUUCGCUCUCGUCUUGCCAUCAUCCCGCAAGACCCAGUCCUCUUCUCCGGCACUGUGCGAUCCAACCUGGAUCCAUUCGACGACCACACCGAUGCCGAGCUUUUCGAUUGCCUUCAACGUGUGCAUCUGGUUUCAGAGAACGAUACGUCGCCGAGUACACCGACUCCAGAGUCGGCUACCGAGAACGGCUCUGUCACCAAGAAGAACACCAAUGUCUUCCGCGACCUGUCGUCGACCAUCUCGGAGGGUGGCCUGAAUCUGUCCCAGGGCCAGCGGCAGCUUCUCUGCCUGGCGCGUGCCAUUGUGUCCAGGCCCAAAGUGAUGGUGCUGGACGAGGCCACUAGCGCCGUCGACAUGACCACGGACACGCUGAUUCAACGGUCCAUCCGCGAGGAGUUCGGCGACAGCACACUGCUCGUCAUCGCGCACCGUCUGAGCACCAUUGCUGAUUUCGACCGCAUCCUGGUGCUGAGCGACGGCAAGGUGGCCGAGUUUGGCACGCCCAAGGAGCUGUGGGAGCUGGAUGGCGGGAACGGUAUCUUUAGGGGUAUGUGCGAGGAGAGCGGUGAGAAGGACAAGCUGCGUGCGAUUUGCUUUGGGGAGAAGAAAUAG